AUGUCAACUAUUAAAUAUACACUAAGAUUUGUAAUCUGGUUAAUCAUUUACGUUAUUCCCACUGUUUCAUUAUUUAAUAAUACCAGAAUUGAAAGUGCAGAAGACCUGUCAUUUCUCCAACAGAUUGCAGAGUUUGCGAAAUGGGAAGAGCAAAAUCUAUAUCAACGUCCAGCAGAUCCACCAAAGCUACUGCUUCAAUCCAAAAAUUCAAAGAAGACAGAAUCCUCCAAUUCAUCAUUCACUUUACCAAUUGUCAAACAAUUCUUUAAUAGUUCAAAUUUGGUGAACACAUCUAUUUUUGAACAAAUGUCAAGAUUUCGUGGAGACAAAAAAGCUCCUCAUUGGACAGUAAGUACAGGUGUGUUUGCUGAUAAACUGAAGGAAUGGAAGGACGAGGAAGAAGAAUGUUUUGUACCGAUUAAAGAGAUUCCUCAACGACGUCCAAAAAAGUACCGACCAAGAAAAAAAUAUGUACGUCCAGCGCCACCCCCACAACCACAAAAAUGGGCAAGACCGAAUUAUUGGAGCUUUUCAAGUGAAGAAGAUAGUUUUUCCGAUUGGUGGUCAAGUGACUGUAGUGAGAGCGAUUGGUCGAGUGAUGAUGGGGGGAAAUUAUGGUUCUUGGGAAUGAAUGUUGCUCAAGGAGAACCAGAAACAAAACGAAUUUCAAUUAUUCCUUCUAAGAAACUAGUUACAAGAGUAAGUGAGCAAUUUUACAACACAUACAGAAGUAGCUCUCCCAAUAAUGUCAUGAAGAAACGAAAUCUCGAUGAUAGUGAUGACAAGUAUUUUGGAUUUGAUUACGAGAUUCAACCUUGUAUAACAAAUAAUCUUCUGAGAAAUCACGUUACUUUUAAUGUACUAAAUUCCAGAUCUGCUAAAAUUAAAAUGCUAAGUAGGUGCAAAAUAAAGUUAUUGGUUUGUUUUUUUGCAUUACAUAUUUUGUUUCAUUCUUAA